AAUUUUUGGACGAAGCUUUAUACAUAAGAAUAUAUACUUCACAAAAAACCACUGGAUUACAUAAAUUAAAAUUAUAUCCUCGUAGAUUGUGUGUCCUGCAAACUCGCCGAAAUGCUCGUUAUAUCUUGAAGAAAGAUUACCGGUUACCGGAGUCGUGAAAUACUUUCUUGAGGAUAACGUCUAACGCGUCUGGAGUCAUUUUAUUUUUCUAACAUUAUUUUGCAGGUUUCGACAAAUAUCUCCAACAAUCUCAAGAAAGUAUUUCGUCCGACACUGCAGCCCCAAAAAUGUCAGAGAGAAUGAAACACAUCGCUACCCGUGCGCCCGUGCCGUUGUUUUUUUCAAAAAUGAUUUUUGUACACACUCUUAUACACAUUUUUGUAAACACUUAUGUCUGUGAAAGCUUUUUUUUUGUCAGUGAACAUCGAUUCACAAACAAUGUUUUGCACAAACAAAAUAUUGUAUGUGAACCGGGUUCACAGACAAAAAAAAGCUUUACAAACAUGGUGUGUAUAAGGUGUGUACAAGAGUGUGUACAUCAAGCAUGGUUGUAUUUUUUUUACUCUCUUGGUUGUUACCAUAUCAUUGCUGCUGGUUUUCUGUUUGUUCUCCCGGCCAGCUACCUCUUCCAAAACAUGUUCACAUUGUAGUCUUAAAAACGUUCAACACUCAUACGGCUUGGUGGCAUCCAAACAGGGCCAUAGAUGAGGCUGUGCAAGCUGGGCUACUGUACAGGGCCUCCAAAAAUAGAAGGCCCGUUUUUUAAAAAUUUAAAUAGUACAUGUAUAUAAAGUAGAGAAAUAUUCAGGUCCGAAACUCUAGACCAGAACCGUUGUUCGAACGGUGGCGUUUCAGGGUCUUCUCGGUUGAUUAUUUUGAUGAAAUUUUUAUGACAUGCUUUUCAUAAAAUCUAGUUUAUCUAAGAAAACAUUCAGAUAAAUAUUCAAUCGGGAAGGUCAUCAAAUAAUAUUUGAAAGUUAACUGCGUUUUAUAUGUAUAUUCCGGCGCAGUUAUCUUUCAAAAAUCAUACGACGGCCUUCCCGAUUGAAUUUUUAGCUGAACUUUUUUGUGGAUAAACUAGACUUCAUGAAGAACAUGUCAGAAACAUUUCAUCAAAACAUUUCACCGGGAAGGGCCCCAAACGCCGCCGUCCGGAUGGCGGUUUCGGUCAGGAAUUUCUGACCGGAAGAGCACUCUAUAAAGUAAUUGUUUAAAUUAUUAAUAGAAUCCCAUUUGCAUGUUUGAAACACCUUUAUACACUGAACGGCUCAAGUCCAAAUAAAAGCAAACUAUACGUCUACACAUUAGAUCUAUGCAUUUUAUUUAAUAAAAUGCCUCAUUUGUGUGAUUCGCAUUGGGCCUCGUAAUGUGCCAAGCCGGCCCUGCAUCCCAAUGGCGAAAUAUGGUACCUCUUAAUUUUACUAGCUAUAAUAACUAUGUAGUAUUUCAUACGGAGUAUUAU